AGACAUGUUGUGUAAUAUAUAUGCUACAAAAUAAGCCAACAUAUCCAUUUUGCUCGAAACAUUUAUUCUCACUUUAAUUCCCUCACACAUCUCUCUCUCUCUUUUCUCUCUCUCAAAAAAUGCCAAAAAUAUUGUGGAAAAGCCUCCAUCUUUGCUUCCCGUCGAAUCUCACCAAAUGCUAUUCUUCUCCGUGUAUUCCUCCGACGUCUUCCGCCGAUCACGACGGUUCCGAACUUCCUGGCCGUCCCUCCAUCGUUCUCCUCAACAACUUUAACCUCCUUUACCACCACGACGACAACCACAAUCGUGUCGUUGACUUACCUUCCUCCUCCACCACCACCACUACUACUCAGGCCGCCACCUCUUCCUCCUCCAGGUCAUCAUAUGAAUCUGAUAUCUCUCCGGAUGUAUCAGCCGCUUUUGCUUCCCGUCGCUUCUUCUUCUCUUCUCCAGGCCGGUCCAAUGCAAUCACCGACUCACCAGAAACCCGGUCAAGAGGAUCCUCUGAAAAUUACGAUAAUGCCGCUAUCACAUCGACAAAGAAGAAGAAUAAGAAGUGUUACGAUACUGCCGUGACUACUACUACUACGACGAGGCUUAUAAGAGGAGGAACCGCCGUGACGCAAAACGUGUACUCACCGGAUCCAUUAACUGACUUCCGGCGAUCAAUGCAAGAGAUGAUUGACGCAGCCAUCGAUGCCGGAGAACUUAGUCGUGAUCCGGAAGACGGUUACGAUUUCUUGGAUGAGCUGCUACUCACUUAUCUAUCCUUGAAUCCAGCCGACACACAUAAGUACGUCAUCAGGGCUUUCUCCGACAUAUUGGUCUCACUCUUGUCUAAAGAACGCCGGAUAUGCUGACGCGGCGUUGGCCGCCGGGAUAAAUGACGCCCGUGUAAUGAAUAACUGACCUAACUUUUUUUCUUUUCCAUUGUACUUCUCUAAGAGAUACUGACAACUUUCUAUUUUGUAUGUUUUAAUUUAAAUAAUAAUUGAAUGAUGAAAAGGAUACAAGAAAUUUGAGAAAUGUUAA